AUGGUUUAUGAGUAUCUCCAAGAGAAGUUCGAAACCAUCUGUCAAAUUCAAGGAGCACCAACAGCGCUCUCAUUCUUUUCAACUGCGUUGUCUAUUAUCUUUUUUAUCCCAAACAUUCCUGGAAAUGUCCUAUUGAUCCUAGCAGUGGCUAUCGAUCCUCACAAGAACCUUCAUUGUCCCUUCAACCACCUCAUGGGCAACCUUGCCUUAGCUGAUCUUAUCGUAGGCGUGGUAACCAUUCCCCUCUCGAUUAACUUUCAUCUUAAAGAAGGCCUCGGAAUUAAAGUUACAGAUUUCGAAUUACAUAUUUACCACAUGUCCUAUUUUAUAAGCGGAACUGCUUCAGUACUUAGCAUCGCUUCACUGGCUGUUGAGAGAUACCUCGCCAUAUCCAAUCCACAUACCUAUCGGAACAAGGUCACCGGUAAAAGGAUCCUAGGCACCGUUGCCGGUAUAUGGAUAGUAUCGUUAAGCUUGCCGUUCAUAUAUUUCGAGGUCGAUUAUAUCACCUGCAGUUUUAUACUGACAAAUUCUACAGUCGUUGUCUCCAUUGCCAUUACCUGUUUCACAUACGGUAUGAUGCUGUAUAAAUUCAAAGAUCAUAACCGUCACCUCGAAAUGGCUGCGGUUUCGCAAGUCAAUUUGGCAACUAGUUCCCAACCCUCGAAUUCUCGCUUGCACAACAACGCGGUCCAUUGGGAACACGCGAUGACGAAGAUGUUCUUGGUCGUCAUGGUAACACUAUUAUCUUGCUACGGUCCUGCAACCGUUCUGAUUUACACUAUGAGUUUCUGUGAGUCGUGCAGUUGCAAUGCAUUACAUUGGUUCAAGGAUCUACAGUUUCUAUUUAUAAUCAUGACAUCGUCUGUUAACUUCUUUUGCUAUGCCAUGCGAUCACCAAGAUUCCGCGAGGCAUUCUCUGCUUUGUUUCAGAUGUUAUGUCGUCGCACUAGACAGUUAACGAUGAAUUCUGAGCCCACCCACACUCCAUCAUCUGCAUGAUCGUGAAAUAGCGUUAGGACAUCGAUGACUGCAAUUAUGAUCAUAAUAUUAAUGGACCGAAGACUAUCUAUC